AUGACGCCAUUCGAGGCUUUAUAUGGUAAGAGGUGUCGUUCUCCGAUUAGGUGGUUUGAUACUUUUGAGGUGAGACCUUGGGGUACGAAUUUGCUGAGAGAGCCCUUAGACAAAGUGAAGCUGAUUCAAGAAAAGCUUCUGGCAGCCCAGAGCAGGAAAAAAGAGUAUACGGACCGGAAGAUUUGGGAGUUGGAGUUUAUGAAGGGUGAACAAGUUCUUCUGAAGCUUUCACCCAUGAAGGGUUUCAUGCGAUUUGGGAAGAAAGGCAAUUUAAGCUCGAGGUACAUUGGCCUAUUUGAGAUUUUCUGUUGUAUUGGCACAGUGGCUUAUGAGUUAGCUUUGCCACUAGGCUUGUCAGGUGUUCAACCGGUACUUCAUGUUUCCAUGCUGAAGACGUACCAUUCAGACAGUUCUUAUAUCAUUCGUUGGGACACAGUUUUGCUCGAUGAGAAUCUGUCUUAUGAGGAAGAACCUAUAGCGAUCUUGGAUAGGCAAGAGAAAAAGUUGAGGUCGUAG